UGCCACACCACUCUCGCACAGAACAUAGUCCGACGGCCGAAUCUCUGCAGCACACAGGUCACCUUUAGGAUCGGAGCGAGCGCCAGACGCCUGCACACAAUGGCGGAGACUUCGCUCACGGAGGAGAAGCACGAGUGGAGUGCUGUGAAGGUGCGGGACACGUUCUUGGAGUACUUCAAAAAGAAUGGACACACUUUUGUGCCCUCCUCCUCGGUCGUCCCCCUUUCAGAUCCAACCCUCCUCUUCACUAAUGCUGGAAUGAACCAGUACAAGUCAAUCUUCCUGGGGACCGUGGAUCCUGCGUCCGACUUUGCAAACCUCAAGCGCGCCGUCAACUCACAAAAAUGCAUCCGUGCCGGUGGCAAGCAUAACGAUCUGGACGAUGUUGGCAAGGAUAGUUACCAUCACACCUUCUUUGAGAUGUUGGGGAACUGGAGUUUCGGAGACUACUUCAAGAAGGAGGCUAUUUCGUUUUCCUGGGACCUUCUGACUAAGGUGUACGGCUUGGACCCGGACAGGCUAUAUGUCACAUACUUCGAGGGCUCCGAGGGCUUGGACGCCGACCUAGAGGCCAAGGAGCUGUGGCACUCAGUGGGUGUGGCCGAGGACCAUAUCCUCCCUGGAAACAUGAAGGAUAACUUCUGGGAAAUGGGCGACCAAGGACCCUGCGGACCCUGCAGCGAAGUUCACUACGACCGCAUUGGUGGUGGACGUAAUGCCGCACACCUGGUCAACCAAGACGACCCCAAUGUCCUCGAGAUCUGGAACAACGUGUUCAUCCAAUACAACCGUGAACCGGACCGUUCGUUGCGCUCUCUCCCAAACAAACACGUGGAUACCGGCUUGGGCUUCGAGCGCUUAGUGUCUGUGCUGCAGAACAAGAUGUCGAAUUACGAUACCGAUGUCUUCACACCUCUCUUCAAGCGGAUACAAGAGAUCACUGGAGCGAGGGAGUACAGGGGCAAGUUUGGCGACGAGGACGCAGAUGGCAUUGAUACUGCAUACCGAGUCAUUGCCGAUCACGUUCGGCUUCUCACAUUCGCCAUCUCUGAUGGAGGUGUGCCUAACAACGUUGGACGGGGAUACGUGGUCCGUCGUGUGCUCAGACGUGGAGCUCGAUAUGCGCGCAAGUACUUCAACACUGAGAUUGGCGACUUCUUCUCCAAACUCGUGCCAAGUCUUGUGCAGCAAAUGGGCGACAUGUUCCCCGAGAUCAAAAAGAAGGAGGGCGACGUCAAGGAGAUCCUGGACGAGGAAGAGAAGAGCUUCGCAAAGAGUCUGGAUCGCGGCGAGAUCAUGUUCGAGAAGUACGCCCAGCAGUGCAAGGUGAAAGGCUCGAUAGACUUGCCCGGAAACGAUGUCUGGCGAUUAUACGACACCUACGGCUUCCCUGUUGAUUUGACAAAGAUCAUGGCCGAGGAGCGGGGCCUACGCAUCAACGACAAGGAGGUCGAAGAGGCGCAAGAGAAGGCACGAGAGGCCAGCAAGGGCGAGAAGAAGGCCGCUGCCGGACUUGUGAAGCUCGACGUUCACGAUCUCGGCGCUCUAGAGAACAUGAAAGACGUUCCAAAGACGGACGACUCGCCCAAAUUUGGCCGCGAAAACAUCACCUCUGUCGUCAAGGCCAUCUACCAUUCGAAGAAGUUCCUCAAGAGCACGAAAGAAGUGCCUGAAGGCGAGCAAUUUGGUGUGCUACUGGACCGCACGAACUUCUAUGCUGAGCAGGGUGGUCAAGAGUAUGACACUGGAAAGCUGGUGAUUGACGGCGAGGCAGAGAUCGACGUGCAGAAUGUUCAGGUCUAUGCCGGCUACGUUCUACACACUGGUGAGCUGAGGUAUGGUGAGAUCAGUGUUGGCAACGAGGUUAUUGCCGAGUACGAUGAGCUUCGCCGCUUCCCCAUCCGCGGUAAUCAUACUGGCACACAUAUUCUCAACUAUGCACUCCGCGAAGUACUUGGCGAUGACAUCGACCAAAAGGGCUCCUUGGUCAGCCCAGAAAAGCUUCGCUAUGACUUCUCGCACAAGGCCGGUCUCUCGGACGUAGAACUUGAGAAAGUGGAAGAAAUCUCCACCAAAUACAUCCGCCAGAACUGCGAGGUUUACGCUCUGGAUGUCCCACUCGCUACUGCGCGUGAGAUCCGCGGUGUCCGUGCUGUCUUCGGCGAGACGUACCCAGACCCCGUUCGCGUCGUGAGCGUUGGUGUGCCAGUCGAGGAGCUUCUGAGCGACGUGAAGCGAGAAGAUUGGGAGAAGGUGUCUGUCGAGUUCUGCGGCGGCACCCACGUCAAGCAGACCGGCGAAAUCAAGGAGCUCAUCGUCCUCGAAGAGUCUGGCAUCGCAAAGGGCAUUCGCCGCAUCGUCGCCGUGACAGGCCAAACCGCCUACGAAGUGCAACGCGAGGCCUCCGAAUUUGAACAGAGGCUAGUGCGAUUGGAGAAGGCAUCCUACUCGACCGACAAGGAAUCCGAAGCAAAGAAGCUGGGUCAGGACCUAAACAAUCUCGGCAUCUCCGCCAUCACAAAGUCGAAGUUCCGCGAUCGCUUCGCUAAGGUGCAGAAGAGCAUCUUGGACCAGCAGAAGGCAGCUGCCAAGGCGGACAACAAGAGGGUGCUGGAUACGAUUGUCAACUUCUUCGGCGAGAACGAGGCCAAGAACCAUCUAGUUGCGAAGGUGGAUUGGAGCCCGACGGUCAAUAAGGCUAUUAGUGAGGCGAUCAAGAGUGUCAGUAGUAAGGGUGCCAUGAAGGAAAAGUCGGUCUAUCUCUUCUCUGCCAGUAAGGAUGAGGGCAAGGUGGUGCACGGUUGCUAUGUUGCUGAGCACUUCUCUACCCAAGGCGCCUCCGCCGCGGAAUGGUCCAAGACAGUCGCCGGCAUCAUCGGCGGCAAAGCAGGUGGUAAGGGCGCGACGUCCAUCGGCCAAGGCACCAAUGCCGACAAGGUCGACCAAGGCGUUGAGGAGGCGACAAAGUAUCUGGAGAAGUUCAAGCUUUGAGACAGAGUACGUAUAUCGUCGGACUGCUAGCGAUACAUACUCCCCUUCCCGUACUGCACCAGCAUGUUUUCCACCCAGCGCUGCGUUAGAAGGAUUGCUUUCGCUCGAAAUGAUGCGGAUCAAAUUCGAGCGGGAUUGUUGUGUUGGAGUUUGAGCGGACUCUUGUAAAGUUAUAUCCUGGUUGUGAUGAGCGGAUGGCUCGUCUUUGUAUGCAGUAUGCGGACCUGGCAUGUAGUUUGCCGGUUUGCUCUACUCCUGGUAAUUGGUAUGGGUGCACAUCCGGCCUUUAGGUCAUACCUAUCAGAAUAGGUGGUAAAAUGAACAGAGUUCAAAUAUCAUUAGCUUCCACAUGAAUUGCUCGAGGUCUCAUUGGAGUCGAGUUCAAAGAACAAGAAGUCUUGGAUCAAUAUUAGGAGGCCUUAGUCCGUAUGUCGAGAGUCAAG